CGUUCGCGGUUGUUGUGUGCGCAAGUUUCACAUGUGGUUUUAUCUUCAAUUUUGUGCUGAUACGUGAAUAUUCAAGUGCUAUCGUGAGUGUUUUUGAAGGAGAAUAAAGUUGCAGCAAAUAUCGCCAACUUAGGCUUUGUCAUUUUGGGAAUCAACAUGGUGGGACUUGUUUGACAAGAGACGCAAGCGACAGUGAGUUUGUGUACAUCGGCAACCGAGGAAGUCCAGCAAAAUGUUCCAGAAACCAGCAUUUGGUAGCACCAACACGUCAACGUUUGGCUCGUUCAACGCCGGAACGAGCACGGCGUCGCCGUUCAGCGGGUUUAAACCGGCGACCGGCGGGAGCGCGUUCGGCGCGCCGCCGGCUUUCGGCGCCGCCGCCACGCCGCAACCCGCCACUGGUGGCGGCCUCUUCGGCUCGUCCACGACAUCCGGCGGGCUAUUCGGCAACACCGCCGCCUCGACCUCGGCGCCGGCGUUCGGCGGCGCGUCCGGCGGGUUCGGCUUCGGCGCGAGCACGUCCGGCGGCGGGCUGUUCGGCGCCAACACUAGCACGGGCUUGUUCGGGAACACGCAGAACACCUCGGCUUUCGGCGCGAAGCCUGCAGGUUUCGGCUUCGGCAGCACAUCCACGGCGGCGCCGGCGACCGGCGGUCUGUUCGGCUCCACGCCGGCCGCCGGAACUGGGUUGUUCGGCCAGCAGAACAACUCUAUGACCGGCGGGGGACUGUUCAACAACACUAGCGCGUUCGGCCAGCAACAAACCGCCACAGGCACGGGCCACGUGAAAUACAACCCGGUGGUGGGCACAGAUGUGGUCGUCAAGAGUGGUACAUCGCAGAACAUCAGCAUCAAGCACCACUGCAUCACUUGCAUGAAGGAAUAUGAGAACAAAUCGCUAGAAGAGCUCCGGCUAGAAGACUACACGGCGGGCCGCAAGGGCGCGACCGGCGGCGUGUUCGGCGGCUUCGGCGCGCCCGCCGCCGACACCAAGCCGCUGUUCGGCGGCGCCGCAUCGUUCGGGCAGCCAGCCGCCACUACAGCAUCAAGCGUUUUCGGUGCGCCGGCGCUUGGGACCAGCGGUGGUUUCGGACAAACUAGCACAUUCUCAUUCGGCGGUAACGCGGCCAACACAACCAGUACCACGGGGCUAUUCGGCGCUAACAAACCGGCAUUCGGCGCUACUCCCGCCCCAAGCACAGGCCUUUUCGGCGCGACGACGACGCAGGCGCCGACUUUCGGCACCAACACCUCUUCGGCCUUCGGCUUCGGCACCAACACACAGAAUCAGUCCGGCGGGCUAUUCGGCGCGAAACCGGCAACGACUGGUUUCGGCGCGCCGGCGACGUCUGGCUUCGGCGCGUUCGGUUCCGGCGGCGGCCUGUUCCAGAAUAAACCGGCGACCACAGCACCGGCGUUCGGCGCCGCCGCUCCAGCGUUCGGCUCAACCCUCCCCGGCGGCGGUUUCGGCGCGGCGGCGGCGCCGACCGGCGGGCUUUUCGGCGCCAACUCCAGCUUCGGCAAGCCCGCCGCCGCGCAACCGGCGUUCAGUUUCAACACGCAGCCGACGCUCGGCACAGGCGGGCUUGGCACGCUAGGCGCCAACACGCAAAACACGUUUGGGCAACAGAACAAGCCGGGCGCGCCCACGUUUGGGCUCGGCGGCGGCUCUAUGUUCCCACAGCAGAACACUACGUUUAGAACCGGUCUGGACAGCGGAUUGGGCGGCAACAUGUUCGGCAACAAUUCGUCUCUAGGCGGGCUGGGACUCAACGCUAACAACAGCAGUCUCAACAAUAACAGCCUAUCCGGAGCAUCAGCGACGAACGACGUGCACGCGCAGAUAUUGUCGUUAGCGGCCCGGCCCUACGGCGACGAGCCGCUGUUCAAGCAUUUACUGCCCGAGAGCUCAACAACAGCAGAGGACGUGCUAAAGCCCACAAACCCAGCGGCAGUUAAAGCUGUGCUAGACAACAGCGGGUACAAAGUCACUUCGCCCGGCGCUCGUCUCAAACUCCAUCCACGAGCCGCCCUGCCUACCGACAAGAAGUCCCUAUUCGACGGGCUAGAAGAAUCGGACGCGAGUCUAGAAGACAAACUCAGUUUGAAGCCGAGCAGAAAGCGACUUGUACUACGACCGAGCAACUCCCACGGGGACUACCAGAGCAGAGACCAUAGUCUGGCGGACCACAGCCAGACUAGGGACCAGACCAACAGGUCUACUGAGGAGCCGCCGCCGGCGCCACAAGUGAACGGCUCCCACAGCGAGCCCAAAGACUUGCCCGAGGCGCCGCGACACGAACAAGUGGAGAGGGCGAAACGCGCCGUCAACUUCAACGACAACAGCGCGGACACGAGCGCCGACAAGAAUGGCAGUUGGCUGAGCGGGUCUAAAGUGUCGUGGAGCGAGAAAGACAAGCCGAUAGAGGAGCCCACGCCGCGCCUCUACCCUAGUCUAGAAAAAGAAAUAAACACACAAACAUCGGAAAGGCGGGCUAGUUGGUAA